GUUUUCUCCAUUCACAACAUCAACAACAAACAACCAUCUUCUCCAUUUUCCUCCUUUUAAACCCUCUUUCUCUCUCACACAACCCGAAAAAGAAGAACAAAACCACCACUCUCUCUCUCUCUCUCUCUCUCAAAAAAAAUCCCUCCUUUCCCUUUAUCUCUCUUUCUAAACCCACCAAGGAAAACCCAACCUCUCAACAUGACGGAGGAAGCCCAUAAGCCGGCGGCGGCGGCGGAGACAGCUGCUCCUUCUGCGGAGGAGGUGACUGUGGUCGCCGACGUGCCUCUGGCGCCGGAGAAGCCGGAGACUGAGAAGGAGGCGCCGCCGGUGCCGGAGCCUGAGCCGGUAGUGGCGGAGAAGGCUGCGGCGGUGGUUGAGGAGGUUGUGGGGGCCGAGAAGGCGGAGAAGCCGAAGGCUGUUGUUGAGGAGGAGAAGGCGAUUGCUCAGUCGGUGUCGUUUAAGGAGGAGAGCUAUGUCGUCAGCGAGCUUCCCGAGGCUCAGAAGAAGGCUCUUGACGAGUUCAAGCAGCUCAUCCAGGAGGCACUGAGCAAGCACGAGUUUACGGCUAAGGAGGAAGAGAAGAAGGAGGAAGAGAAGAAGGAUGAGGAGAAGAAGGAGGAGGAGAAAACUGAGGAGAAGGAAGAAGAGAAGAAGGAAGAGGAGAAGGAGGAAGAGAAAACCGAAGAGAAAGUCGAGGAGAAAACUGAAGAGAAAACCGAGGAAACCGAAGAGAAAGUCGAGGAGAAAACCGAAGAGAAAGUCGAGGAGAAAACUGAAGAGAAAACCGAGGAGAAAGUCGAAGAGAAGAAAAUUGAGGAGAAAACUGAAGAGCCUCUGAAGGAUGAGCAAGUGGUGGAGACUGUGGUGGUGGAGAAAGUGACGGCGGUUGUCGAUGAGGACGGAGCUAAGACAGUCGAGGCGAUCGAGGAGACCGUCGUCGUUUCCAUCGAUGAGGCGGCGACCUCAUCGGCCAAAGCCGGGGAGGAAGAGCCGAAGAAAGCGGAGGAGGAGAAGGAAAAGGAAUCCUCCGCCGCCGCCGAGGCCGAAGCCGCGGCGGCGGAGCCGGCUCCCGAGCCUGAAGAGGUCUACAUAUGGGGAAUUCCGCUGCUCGGAGACGAGAGGAGCGACGUGAUCCUUCUAAAAUUCCUCCGGGCGAGAGACUACAAGGUGAAGGACGCCUUCACCAUGAUCAAGAACACCGUCCGCUGGAGGAAGGAUUUCGGAAUCGACACGCUGAUCGAGGAGGAUCUCGGCAGCGACUGGGAUAAGGUUGUGUUCACUCACGGCGUCGACAAGGAAGGCCACUCGGUUUGCUAUAACGUAUUCGGGGAGUUUCAGAGCAAGGAGUUGUAUCAGAACACUUUCGGAGAUGAAGAGAAGAGGUCAAAGUUCAUCAAGUGGAGAAUUCAGUUCUUGGAGAAGAGCAUUAGAAAGUUCGAUUUCGAUCCCAAGGGAAUCUCCACAAUUGUUCAGGUCAACGACCUCAGAAACUCCCCUGGACUCUUCAAGAGAGAGCACAAUCAGGUCACUAACCAGGCUCUUCAGCUUCUUCAAGACAACUACCCUGAGUUCGUUGCCAAACAGGUGUUUAUCAAUGUGCCAUGGUGGUAUUUGGCCUUCAAUAGGAUGAUCAGUCCUUUCCUCACUCAGAGGACCAAGAGCAAGUUUGUAUUUGCUGGACCAUCGAAGUCCGCCGAGACUCUUUUCAGAUACAUAGCUCCUGAACAUGUCCCUGUUCAGUACGGUGGACUGAGCCGUGAGGGCGACCAAGAAUUCACCACUUCUGACCCUGUCACUGAGAUCACCGUAAAGCCUGCAGCGAAACACACCGUUGAAAUCCCAGUCUCUGAGUCGAGCAUUCUGGUUUGGGAAAUCAGAGCUUUGGGAUGGGAUGUAACCUAUGGAGCUGAAUUUGUACCUAGCGCUGAGGAUCACUACACUGUAAUAGUACAAAAGGCGAGGAAGAUCAGCCUGGCAGACGAACCAGUUAUCGCAAACAGCUUCAAAGUCGGUGAACCGGGAAAGAUUGUGCUCACAAUUGACAACCAAAGCUCCAAGAAGAAGAAGCUCUUGUACAGGUCCAAGACCAAGCCUUCUUAUGAAUAAAUAAGCUUCUCAAAUCAUCAUAAUAAUCAAGUUCCUGCAAGUUUCCCAAUCGGAUUCUUCGCGACAUUCAAAAGAUUUGGAGAAUAAGCAGGGGGGUUCUUUGUUCUUGAGGAGAAAAAAGAAAAGACGGGGUUUAAAAUUUUUUUUAUUUUUAUUGUUCUCUGUUUCUUUU